CGCGAGACUUUGUAGAAACUGCCUGGCUUCAGUUUGCGACGGUUCGGUGACUCGAAGCCGUUUAGCUUCGCUGCGAUCAGAAUCUAACAGUUUCUACAGUUAUUUACCGGAUAAAACCGGUUCCGUGUGUUUGGGUCGGACCUCAUUCGCGUAUCGCUCAGUCUGCGGGGUUUUUUUUGCCUUCGGUUCGUAGUUGGUUUUGCUAACGGCUAACAGCUCGCGCGCUAGCAGUUAGCAGGCUAACGUCUUUAGCUUCGGCUGCAGAGGAACCAGGAAGGAAGCGGUGGACCUGCAGGCUUCUUGGGCCGAACCUUCAGCGGAUCCCCGGAGCUUCAUUUGGACCAAGAGAAGCUGCAGAUCUACGGAACCAGGCCUCCCACGGACAGAAGCUGACCAGGUCUGACUGCCGACAUGUCCAAGGCUCCUGAUUCUCCGUCCAGACCCAGAUCCAGGUCAAGGUCUAGAUCCAGAUCCUACUCCAGAUCCAGAUCUCGAAGCCGCUCCCGCUCAAGAUCCAGGAAACGCCACUACAGUUCCAGGUCUCGCUCCCGCUCCCACUCCCCCGCCUACAGAAGCUACCCUUCCCGGGACUAUCAGGGCAACAACCGAGGCUUCAGAGGCUACAACCGAGGCUACCGCCGGCCGUACCACUACCGCGGCCGCAGCCGAGGCUACUUCCCCCGCGGCCAUUACCAGAACCGAGGGAGGGGAGGAGGAGGAGGGGGCGGCUACGGCUACAAGUCCAACUGGCAGGCCAGGGGGGGAGGCUGGCAUGACCGCCAGGAACACCACAGUCCCAGGAGGGGGUACUCGCGCUCCCGGACGCCCAGGAAGCGCUCGGCAAGCCGGAGCCGCUCCCGCUAUUCGGACCGCUCGUCCUCAGGCCAUUCCCGCCACUCAAAGCACUCAAGCUACUCCUCCCGCUCCCGUUCUCGCUCCUCGUCUCGACGCCGCGACAGCAAAGGCCGCCCCAGGUCCAAGGAUCCGAAAGACAAGCAGCCAGAGGGUCAGAGCGAGAAGGCGGGCCCGUCCGGUGACGGCAGCGUCAUCGCCAAGGCCUCUGGAGGGAAGUGGAUCGACUACGAUGGCAGCCCCAAGCGACGCAGUCCCGACUCUAAGAAGGAGGACGACGCUCCUUCUCCCAACUCCAAAGGGGGCUGGUCUGAAGGUGCCGGGAUGUGGAAAACGGUCGGUUCUGGUUCCCCUCCAGAGAAGAGCCCCUCCAAGUCUGCUCAGACGGCUUCGUUUGGCGGCUUCGGCUUCUUCUCCAAGGAAGACGCCAAGGGCGGAGACAGCACCGUGAUCUCAGCUGCUUUUAAGAAGUUCCUGGCUGAGAACAAACACAAAAAACAAACGUCUGAGAAGGAGAACAGUCGGGAAAAGGAAGCAGGCUCAGCAGAGCGAGAGGCGGAGAAAAGCUCCAAAUCCUCUGACCUCUUCAACAUGUCGGCUUCUUCCUACUCCGAACCCAAAGAGGACAAGGUUCUGCCCUUCUUCGACCCGGGAGAGGAGGAGUUCCUGGAGUCCCAGGGUCUCAAAGACCGCAUCAUCAACGAGGACGGCGAGGAGAAAGCGGGCCUCACGGCGCGCGAUAUGUUUGGGAAGUGGGGCGACGAACCGAGCCGCCCGGCGUCGUACCAGUCGGUGAAAGAGAAGAGCCGCAGAGACGCCGAGGAAGAGGAGGCUGUGGACGACGCCGAGGAAGAGCUGUACCGCAGCCGCAAGCACUCGUCUAAGAAAGAGGAGAAGUCUAAGAAGAAGGAGAAGAAAGAGAAGACCAAGAGGAGUCUGACUCCUCCGUCUACGUCCAAGGAAAAGGAGCGGCCGCUGUUUCCCGGAGCGUUUCCUGCCGUGGAUCAGUCUCCGCCGCACCGCCUGUCUGCUUCCAGGCAGGAGUUUGAGCUGAAGAUGAGUUCCUUAGAGGAAAUGCCCAGCUCGUCUCUUUCCAAAGAUCGCCUCACGCCUCGCGACCUGCUCCAUUCCUCCAAGAAAGAUCCGGAGUUCCGCUCCAUUUUCCAGCACAUUCAGUCGGCGCAGCUGCGGCGCAGCCCCUCCGAGCUUUUCGCCCAGCACAUCGUCUCCAUCGUGCACUACAUCAAAGCUCAACACUUCCCCUCGUCAGACAUGACGUUAAGCGAACGCUUUGCCAUGUACCAAAGAAAAGCUGCAGAGGCAGAAAUGAUGAAGCCAAGGAAAAGCCCAGAAAUCCACAGGAGAAUCGAUGUCUCCCCCAGUGCCUUUAAGAGGCACCCUCACCUGUUUGAGGAUUUGGACGAGACGAGCUACAAGGACCCAAGCAAGCGCUUCAAAGGAGACAUCAUGGACCUCCGGCUGGAUAUAGAAAGACGAAAGAGGUUUGCUGGGAAGGAGCGGGACUUCAAACGGGAAGGAGGCAGGAGCCCCGGGGGCUCCCGGGGGCCCAGCAGGGAGCGCUCCUCCGAGAAAUCUGGGAAGCACCACAAAAAGUCCAAGAAAAGUAAGAAGAAGCGUGAUCGCUCUCCAUCCUCCUCUUCCUCCUCCUCCUCUCCAUCACCCUACCCUCCCCCCUACAGGGGAAAGGAGUACGCGGGGGAGGGCAUGGAGCACCUGGAGGAGGGCUACGGCCACACCCGCUACCCUCCCCGGGAAUACGGCGGCCCCGCCGACCGGGGCCCCCGGGAAUACGAGGGCCACUUCCCAGACAGAGGAAGAGGUCGUGGAUUCGUAAGUUCCACCCCCCUCCCCCGUCUGUUUCUGUGUGAUGAAGGUGAGGUGAGGAAGACGAUUAACAGUGGAACUGAAUUCCAGUUUCCCAGGAUGAGAGGAAGAGGCUGGAACAGAGGAAAUUAUCCCGGGAACAGCAACGGAAACCCAGCCAAUACCAACCCCCCAGUGCGCCCCCCGGAGGAGGACUGGGACCCUGAAUACACGCCCAAGAGCAGGAAGUACUACCUGCACGACGACCGAGACGGAGAGAAAACCUGGGUGGAGAACCGCGGCCGGGGGCGGGGCUCCUUCCCGACCCGCCGCGGCCGCUUCGUGUACCGGAAGGGCGGCAGCAGCCCCAAGUGGACCCACGACAUGUUCCAGGGGGGGGAGGAGGGGGAGCUGGGCGACGACGGCGACGAGUUGGAGCACAAGGAGGCGAAGAGCUCCGGAGACGGAGCGGCGAAGCCGUGAACGGCGUUUAACGGUGGAAGGUUUUCUGUUUUAUGUCUUUUUAAGGGAGAAGGUGUGAAAACGGAAGCGUUUGUGCCUUAGAGGAGAAUAAACCUGCUGAUGAAGACAUGGUUCAUGAACUUUCUGCAUGAAUUGGACCAAUCAGCAGAGCGUCUGUCGGUGUGUGUGUGUGACAUCACUCGUCUUUAGUUCACCUGACGGUAGGAAGAGGAAAUCUAUCUGCUGUAGGUUUAGGUCUAACUUUUUUAAUCCCAGACCUUCUGCAUGUCCUCAUCUCACGUCUCCUGGGCUUUUUUUUACUUUAGCUUUAAAAUGUCUUUUUGUUUUCAAUAAAUUUCCUCUAAGCCGGGUCGCUUCUGGACCGUCUCUUCAUUUCUUCUAUAAUCAUGUUUAAACCAUUAGAACCAAACUGGGAAUUCCCUAAAAGAUCCAGUUUAGAUGAUAUCUGGAAAAGAACUGGCAUUUGUGACGAGUUUCUAAAUGUGAAUAAAUUUAAUGUUUGUCUUUCAGCUCAUUGAUGUAACAUCAGAUGUUUUAUUUCUGAGAAUAAAAGUUCAGAAGUUACAACUUUG